AGCCAAUUUCCUUGCCUUGAACCUGCUGCUCGAAAGUACUUAUCCGCACCUCCAACAAGUGUUGCAAGCGAACAGCUAUUCAGCUCUGCAGGACAAAUCUACGCAGAUCGUCGUAGCAAUCUUCUUGGAGAAAACGUUGAGAAGCUUUUAUUUCUUGCAUACAAUAUACGUAUAUUUGGAUUUAAA